AUCGACAACGUCCAGGGGACGCUACCGUGCUUGGCCUGUGGUGUACUGCUGUCAACAUUAACGGGUGUACCAGCUACAUUUAGCCGGAUAUAAUAUUCUAACGCGGUGCCUGCAGCGAACUCUCCGGAUGUCCAAGUACAAACUGUUUCUGCUGAGACAUGGAGAAGGGGCCUGGAAUAAAGAGAACCGAUUCUGCAGCUGGGUGGACCAGAAGCUGAGUGAGAAUGGGGUGAAGGAGGCCCAGGACUGUGGAAGGCUCUUGAAGGAGCAGGGAUACAAGUUUGACAUCGUGUUCACAUCCAUACUUAGCCGCUCAAUUCAGACAGCAUGGCUGGUGAUGGAGGCUAUGGGUCAGGAAUGGGUCCCUGUUGUCAAGUCCUGGAGGCUUAAUGAACGACACUACGGCUCUCUGAUUGGACUCAACCGGGCAGAAAUGGCUCAGCAACAUGGAGAGGAAAAAGUGAAGCUGUGGAGAAGGAGCUAUGACAUCACUCCACCCCCGAUUGAUGAAUCCCACCCUUACUUCCAUGAAAUCUACAACGACCGUAGAUACACCACAUGUGAUGUCUCGAAGGAGAAGCUUCCCCGAGCUGAGAGCCUGAAGGAGGUGUUGGACAGGCUGCUGCCAUACUGGGACAGCACUGUGGUGCCAGUGAUAAGGAAAGGCAAGACUGUCCUCAUUUCUGCUCAUGGAAACAGCUGCAGGGCCCUGCUGAAACACCUGGAAGGUAUAUCAGAUGAGGACAUUGCCAGCGUGACUUUACCUACAGGGAUACCUGUGCUGCUCGAGCUGGAUGAAAAUCUCAAGCCGGUGAAACCUCGACAACUGCUGGGAGACCAGGAAAAGAUUCAGGCAGCCAUUAAAAAGGUGGAAGACCAGGGAAAAGCCAAAACAACAACUUGAACGCAUUGCAAUAGUUGUAAGACGUAAUAUAGUUUAAUUCUUGCUGCCUCUGAGCACUUUUUUAUUAGCUAUGGCAAAUGCCAAACUCAACAAACUUGAAUAACUCGUUAUGUAAUAACAGACAACUGCAACAACAGAUUGUCAUUCUACUGGGACACGGAGAAGUUCAGAGAUGUGUGUGUGUGUGUGUGUGUGUGUGUGUGUGUGUGUAAAUGUUUUAAUGUUGUGCUGAAUGUUUUUGUGUAAGCACUGAGAAGGCAUUUGGUCUGUAGCUUGAAUGCCCCCGUGAAAGCCUGCUUGGUAACACUUAAGUGUUUUAUUUAUUUAUUUAUUUAUUUAGUUAUUAGGUUACUUGCGCUGUAACUCUACUUUACAGAUUCAUAGCAAUGCACUGAUGCGGCAAAAUCUUAAAAUGCAAAACAUAUUUCCUCUCUUAAAGGUGUUUUUGUGUGACAGGGUUUUUAACCUGUGCCUUCAGUCUUUAUUCAGCACCUGAAACAGGUCUUUUAUUGAAAGUGGACCUGCUAUGCUUUUCCUUAUUUACCUUCAGGUGUGCGCUGUUACAUUGAUGGAUGGAAAAAGCACUUGUUUGAAACCAGUUAAACACUUGGUUUCAAACUGUUUUUUUCUAAUCUGGCCUCUGUGUGAUGUCACUGAGAAGGGAUAUUCUUUAUACAGCCAUCUCAGGCAGACGGCUCUAGCUCUGACUACUUGGUUUAAAGGGAGACACACUAAAACGGCUUGUUUCAUACAGUGGAUGAACUGAGGUGCGCACAAAGGCCAGCUGUGAGAUAAACGGGGAUUAUUUUGAACUGUGAAUCAUGCAAAGCUACUCGUGUAGAGUCCAAGAAUAUGAAUAUGGAGCUGGAAUCAGCAGAACAGGUUCUCUUGAAGAAUAAAAGCACUCCAUUAACAAAUCUUACCUCAGAAAAAUUACAAACCAGCCCAUUCAUUCCAAGAAUUGGGUAAUUAUAAGCCACUCAAAUGCUGUAAAAUGCUGAAAUCGAAUGUGGAUAAGUUACUGAUACUUUUUAAUGGCCUACUCGAUGCAGCAGAAUCUGCUUUUCUAUGUGCUUUAAACAGUACAUCAACUCUGACACAUAACAGAUUGAGUUUAAAACACUGUGGCUUACACUCAUGGUUAUAUUGGCAUGACAACUAGCUAUUUUUAUUUCUUAAUUACAGUCAUAUAUGGGCCAUUUGAUGUUAUGUAAUGAAAGAAGAUGUCACUGUCUGCACAUUGUCUUACAGCAGAACUAUCUUACCGCUGUAUGUGGCUCACGCUGCUUUAAUGUUUUCAAUAUGUUGUAAAGUGUGUCUUGUGUGUAAAUGUAAAUGUUGUGUCUCUUUUUUUGUUUUUUGUUCUCGGUUUCUUGCAUUUCGCUGCCACUGUAACGUGUAACCGGUUUGUUAGGUCAGCAGGCGAAAUGGAUACAUUUUGAACAUUUCUAGGUACUAAAGGGUAGAAACACUGAUAUAUUUGUAUUUCCUGUAAGCUAGCUUAAUGACUUCCCUGCUGUUCUCACCUUGCCAUUUGAGAGUUUUCAAGAUUAAAUAA